AUGGCGAUGACAGCAGAUUUACUCGACAGAAACAUUUCUCAAACAUCCUAUAUAUCAUUACCAGUGAUUCAAUUUCAUAUAAAAUGGCCUAUUUUAGCUUUAAACAAAUCUCUUAUGGCACUACCAAAUCACAUCAACUGGAUGCACCAAUCCAAUGCUGAUGUAAUGGCGCACAGCAAAUCUGCCCCUGUAACCAAAAGGCAGAUGCGCCAUUUCCUAAGAGCCGAUGCUCGCAUUUUUUUCAAGGACACGCCUAAAGUUGGCACCGAUGUCUUCCGUCAAUAUGUCGUGUAUUCAUACACCCUUUAA